CUAGUGAUAGCUGUCGAGCGUUGCCUAUCGACAAAGAGGGCGUGACAAUUGAGAUGGAAACUGAUCUCCAACGUGCUCAGCUCGUAGUUGCUCGUUUCAGAGACGUCCAGAGCGGAUCUAGCAGGGUCAUCCACUCUGCCGACUGACAGCUCGCAAUGCUUUCAUAUCGCUUCCUCGCGCUGCUGGACUUCACGUUGACUGCCAGCCCUCCCGCAGCGCGCAUUGUAGAGCUCUGCCACAACCUCUAUCUGCAUAGCUUGCGUGACACUGCAGCAUCUGAACAGGCGCUGUACCGUCCAAUGGGCCACUUCGGCAGCGAUAGCCCUUAUCAUGCUGGCCACACUCCGCCACUGCCUGCGAACAACGAUCCCCGCCUCGUUGCGAAAGCCAAGAAGGUCAGCGGGAGGGACAAGUGGGCAUGGAAUAGCAAGGACCAGCAGCGCGUGGUGGGCAGCGCCUACUGCUUUGCGGAGGGCUUCUUCGGCGCGCCGUGCCAAGCCGGCUACAACGUCGGCUCCACGGCCGAAGCAAGGCAUGUCAGAUGGAACUUCCUCCCCGAGACGCCUACUGCCGCUCUAGGCUCGCUGGUCGGCUACCGAUAUGCAUCGCGUACAGCACAUCUUUCAUGUAACUGGCGGGCAUUCCACGUGGAAAGUCAGAUUUCCAAUGGUUGCAACGUCUUUACGCCCGCCAAGCAGCUCGCGUGGGAGUGGUCGCAGGAUAUCAACUAUGUCACCUAUCAUGACGUGCGUCGACCUUGCCUCCAUACCCGAGGCCUUAAGGGAAACUUGAUGACCUAUAUACCUCUUUGGACGCAAGCAAACCUUGACGCUGCGCGACUCGCAAGCCUGAACGUCGAGAUCUACAUUUCCUCCAGCUACCACACGCUCGCCGACGUGCCCAUGCCGUACCACCCGUGGCGGCACGCGUUCCGGUCCGGCGACGUCGUCCGAUUUGCGUGCAACUACAUUAUCGACAGCUUCACCUGCCCUUCCAUCUCGAGCUCCAACAAGCAUUACAUCUGCAUGCACGGCGACCAGGCGUUCUACCCGCUAGAGGGCCACGGCGUCGGAACAACAGGCACCGUCGACGGUAUAUUCUGGCUCGAAGGCUGGCUGCAGCAGCUUGCGGCGCAUCAGCCGUGCUAGUAUACAGGGCGUGUAGGACGCAGCGGACCUGUGCGAUGGGAAAAAGGUCAACCCAGAGGAUAUAGAGACUGUGUAUUUCUGAAGGUGCUGUUGUAAUAUCGGUUUGCACUGUGCACUGCCCUUGAG